UAGUGUCUCUAAAUAUUACGACAAUAGCAUCUGGUUAUGGUUUGAAUAUGCGCAUUGUGGAUCACUCUACAAAUAUUUGCAUAACAAGAAUAUUAAAAUUAUACACAAUGAGAGGAUUGAUUGGUUAGUCCAGUGCGCGAAGGGUAUUGAGUACUUGCAUAGCAUAAAUAGAAUUCAUAAAGAUUUGAAAACACAGAAAUUAUAUCUGUUCGAUGAAUAUCGUACAUUAAAAAUAUGUGAUAAUGCUGCAGUGGGAGAUUUUGCAGAUAUGAAUACGAUACAGGAAAAUAUUGCUCGCUAUAUGGCUCCGGAAAUUUGUAAUGCUAGUGGCGAAUUUACAGAAAAGAGUGACGUGUUUACCUUUGGAAUUAUUUGCUGGGAAGUAAUGUCCAGGAAGAAGCCAUUUGAAGAAUUUAAAGACAUGGAGAAAUUGGUUCUGCAAAAUAAAAUUAUAAAUGGGGAACGUCCGGAUAUAGAUUAUUUGAAGGAGUAUAAAGAUGCAGAUAGUUUAUUGCCAAUAAUUAAAAAAUGUUGGGACCAAGAUCCAAGUAAUCGGCCGCCGAUGAAUGAAUUGUGUAAUCUUCUUCCAAAAUAUCCUCGUGCUUCUACUAAAGUAAACUACAAAGCCUUAGAACUCGGCUCAUAUAUUGGAACUGGUAGCUAUGGGCUUGUCUUCAAAUCAACUUGGCAAACAGAAUAUGAAGUCCGAGACAUUACAGUAAAAAUAAUUCGAGAUGCACAAAAACAAAAGGCCAUCCAAAAAGAAAUUUAAGAUUUAAAAGAAUUACAUCAUGCGAAUAUUGUCAAACUUUAUGGUUUUUCUAUUGAUCGCGAAGAUAGAAUUUUGAUGCUCGUUGAUAUGCAGA